AUGGCUGAUCUGGGUCGUUUUAAAAUUUAUGAUGCAGUGAGAAUCUUUGAUCAGAUUCUAGGAAAUGUGUCUUCAGAGUGCACUUAUGCUAUUCUGAUACAGGCUCACAGAAACGUGGUCAUUCUGCAGCAGGGGGAGUAUGUCUGGUUGGAUCUCAGUACAGGCCGUGAGUUUGACGUCCCUUUUGGCGCCGUGGUCAAACUCUGUGACUCUGGUCAUAUCCAGGUCUUGGAUGAUGAAGGAAAGGAGCACUGGAUUUCUCUUCAAAAUGCUACAAACAUCAAGCCCAUGCACCCAACCUCCAUUCAAGGGGUGGAGGACAUGAUCCAUCUCGGGGACCUGAAUAAAGCUGGUAUCCUCAGAAAUCUCCUGAUCCGUUACAACGACAGGGUCAUAUAUACGUACACAGGAUCAAUCCUGAUAGCGGUGAAUCCAUACCAGCUCCUGCCCAUCUACACACCUGAUCACAUCCGCCUCUACACAAACAAAAAGAUAGGAGAGAUGCCGCCACACGUCUUUGGCAUUGCAGACAACUGCUACUUCAGUAUGCAAAGAAAUAACAAGGACCAGUGCUGUAUUAUCAGCGGUGAGUCUGGAGCUGGGAAGACAGAGAGCACCAAGCUUAUCUUACAGUUCCUGGCAGCUAUCAGCGGCCAACACUCCUGGAUUGAGCAGCAGGUUCUGGAGGCCAACCCUAUUUUAGAAGCAUUUGGUAAUGCCAAGACCAUACGCAAUGACAACUCCAGCCGGUUUGGGAAAUACAUUGACAUUCACUUCAACAAGCGGGGAGCUAUCGAGGGGGCAAAGAUCGAGCAGUACCUGCUGGAGAAAUCAAGAGUUUGCAGACAGGCAGCUGAUGAGAGGAACUACCAUGUAUUCUACUGUAUGCUGGCAGGAAUGAGCCCUGAUCAGAAGACUAAAUUAGGCCUGGGCCUGGCCACAGACUACAAUUAUCUUACUAUGGGAAACUGUACGGUGUGUGAGGGGAGGAAUGAUAUGAAGGAGUACUCCAGCAUUCUCUCAGCCAUGAAGGUCCUGAUGUUUACUGACACUGAAAACUGGGAGAUCUCCAAACUGCUGGCUGCCAUUCUGCAUAUGGGCAACCUGCGCUUUGAAGCUCGAACACUGAAGAACCUGGAUACCUGUGUGGUGGUUCGCUCACCUGACCUGGCCAAAGCAGCCACGCUGUUAGAGGGUCAUAUGAUGUUGCUAAUGUGCAUCAACUUUGCAAACGAGAACCUGCAGCAAUUCUUCGUUCACCACGUUUUCAAGCUGGAGCAGCAGGAGUACAACCUGGAGGAUAUCAACUGGCAGCACAUCGAGUUCACUGACAACCAGGAUGCCUUGGAUAUGAUUGCCAUCAAGCCUAUGAAUAUCAUUUCCCUUAUUGAUGAGGAGAGCAAGUUCCCAAAGGGAACAGAUGCUACCAUGCUGAACAAGCUAAACUCCCAGCACAAACUUAAUACCUACUACAUCUCUCCUAAGCACAGUCACGAGACUCAGUUUGGCAUUCAGCACUUUGCUGGAGUGGUGCACUAUGAAACUAAAGUUUUCCUGGAGAAAAACCGAGACAGCCUCCACAGUGACAUCAUCCAACUCGUGCACUCGUCCAAAAACAAGUUCAUCAAGCAGAUCUUCCAUGCUGAUGUUGCUAUGUUUCUGUGUGGCUAUUUGGAGCCCACUGCAUCCAUUCAAAAGUAUUCGGGAAUGGAGACAAGGAAGCGUUCCCCGACUCUGAGCAGUCAGUUUAAGCGCUCACUCGAGCUGCUCAUGAAAACACUGAGUGUGUGUCAGCCUUUCUUUGUGCGCUGUAUCAAACCCAAUGAGCUCAAAAAGCCCAUGAUGUUUGACAGAGGACUGUGUGUCAGGCAGUUACGCUAUUCUGGGAUGAUGGAGACUAUUCGCAUACGCAGAGCUGGAUAUCCCAUACGCUAUACAUUCGCUGAGUUCGUGGACCGUUAUCGGGUCCUUAUGCCUGGGGUGAAACCAGCCAACAAACAGGAAGAUCUGCGAGGGACCUCUCAGCGCAUUGUUGUGUCAGUUCUGCAGAGAGAUGGUGACUGGCAGAUAGGAAAGACAAAAGUCUUUCUGAAGGAUCAUCAUGACAUGCAGCUGGAAGUUGAAAGAGAUAAAGCCAUCACUGACAAGGUCAUUUUCAUCCAGAAGACUGUGAGAGGUCUGAAAGAGAGAGCUAACUUCCUAAAGGUUAGAAAGGCUGUGACAUUAAUCCAGCGAAUAUGGAGAGGCUACAUCUCUAGAAAGCACUAUGCUGUGAUGCGUCUAGGUUUCUUGCGGCUCCAGGCCUUGUAUAGGUCACGGAAGUUGUACCUGGCGUACCAAGCGUCUAGGACACGCAUCACUCUGCUCCAGGCCUGGUGCCGUGGCUUCCUGGUGCGGCGGACAUUCUCAAAGCGCUUCCAUGCGGUCCUGACAAUCCAGGCUUAUGCACGAGGAAUGAUAGCACGCAGACUGUGCAAGCAUCUCAGAAUGGAGAGGGAGCGACGGUUAGAAGCCGAGCGGCAGUGUCUGGCUGAAGAGGAGCGUCUGAGGAACCAGAUGACGGUGCGUAGGGCUCGAGCAGAGGCAGAGAGGAAGCACCAGGAGCGUCUGGCCCAGCUCGACCAAGAGCAGAAGGAGAGAGAGCAGGCAGAGCGGGAUGAGACACGAAGGAAAAAGGAGCUUCUGGAGCAGAUGGAGAGAGAAAAACAGGAGCCGGUCAACGACUCUGACAUGGUGGACAAGAUGUUCGGAUUCCUGGGCAGCACCAACUCCCUUCCCAACCUGGAGGGCGAAGCACCAGAAGGGUUUGAGGAUCUAGAGAAAGUUCCGAGACAGUUUGAGGAAGUCAUUGAUGAACCUCUUCCACUUCCUGACGAUGAAGAGGAAGACCUAUCAGAGUAUAAGUUUGCAAAGUUUGCUGCAACCUACUUCCAGGGAAAUGCCACGUAUACGUAUAUACGGCGGCCACUGAAACAACCUCUGCUGUUUCAUGAGGAUGAAGGAGAUCAGCUAGCUGCUCUGGCUGUGUGGAUCACUGUGUUGAGGUUUAUGGGAGAUCUCCCUGAACCCAAAUAUCAUAUCAGCAUUAGUGACGGCAGUGAGAAUAUUCCAGUUAUGACUAAAAUCUAUGAGACAUUAGGGAAGAGGACCUACAAAAGGGAGCUGCAGGCCCUGCAGUUGGAUGAGGAGAGUUCCACUACUGACAUCCAGAAGAGGAACAGUGUACGGCAUAAGCUGGUGUCCCUCACAUUAAAGAAGAAAUCAAAGAUCACAGAGGAGGUGACCAGACGGCUAACCGACAGCAAUUACUGUCUACAGGGAAACAGCAUGCUGGAAGACCGACCCACCUCCAAUUUAGAAAAGCUCCACUUUAUCAUUGGCAAUGGCAUUUUACGCCCUGCUCUCAGAGAUGAGAUCUACUGUCAAAUCUGUAAACAGCUGAGCCAGAAUACAUCCAAAAGCAGCCAUGCCCGCGGCUGGAUCCUGCUAUCCCUCUGUUUGGGCUGCUUUGCUCCUUCGGAAAAAUUUGUCAAAUAUCUGCGGACAUUCAUUAACAGUGGCCCGUCUGGUUAUGCGCCUUAUUGUGAGGAGAGACUGAGAAGAACAUUUGCGAAUAAGACAAGAACUCAGCCUCCUUCUUGGCUUGAGCUGCAGGCCACUAAAUCUAAGAAACCCAUCAUGUUGCCGGUGACCUUCAUGGACGGCACCACGAAGACCCUGCUGACCGACUCCGCCACAACAGCUGAAGAGCUCUGCGAUGCUCUGUCAGACAAAAUCGGCCUGAAGGAUCGCUUUGGCUUCUCCUUAUAUAUUGCUCUUUUUGAUAAGGUUUCAUCACUGGGCAGUGGAAAGGAUCAUGUGAUGGAUGCGGUGUCACAAUGUGAGCAGUAUGCUAAAGAGCAGGGCGCUCAGGAGCGCAACGCCCCCUGGAGGCUGUUCUUCAGGAAGGAAAUCUUCACCCCGUGGCACAACCCUGCUGAGGACAGCAUUGCCACUAACCUCAUCUACCAACAAAUCGUGCGUGGGGUCAAAUUCGGGGAGUACCGCUGUGAUAGGGAGGAGGACCUGGCCGAGCUGGCCUCUCAACAGUACUAUGUGGAUUAUGGGUCAGAAGUCCUACCAGACCGUCUUCUGGGUCUUAUUCCGUCCUACAUACCGGACCGAGAAAUUACUCCCUCCAAGACAGUGGAGAAAUGGGCUCAAAUGAUCGUAGCAACUCACAUAAAGGGAAUCUACACGCAGAAGAGGUUUGACUCGCAGAGAGUGAAGGAAGAGGUGGUGGAUUUCGCUCGAUUUAAGUGGCCUUUGCUUUUUUCCCGCUUUUAUGAGGCCUUCAAAUUCUCAGGGCCUAGUCUCCCAAAGAAUGAUGUUAUAGUGGCAGUGAACUGGACCGGAGUCUACUUUGUGGAUGAGCAGGAGCAGGUCCUUCUGGACCUUUCUUUCCCAGAGAUCACUGCAGUCUCCAGCAGCAGAGGUGGAAAGCUGCAGGGACAGAGCUUCACUCUGGCCACCAUUAAAGGAGAUGAGUACACCUUCACAUCCAACAAUGCCGAAGACAUCCGUGACCUGGUUGUCACCUUUCUAGAGGGCCUGCGUUCUAGGUCAAAGUUUGUGGUGGCCCUGGUGGACAGCCAUUACCCUGCUGGACAUGACUCUUCGUUCCUGAGAUUCUCAAAGGGAGAUCUGAUCUUUCUGGAUGAGCACACUGGAGAGCAGGUCCUGAAUUCAGGUUGGGCUCACGGGGUCAAUGAUAGAACCAAAAAAAGAGGUGACUUCCCUGCAGACAGUGUCUAUGUGCUGCCCACCAUCACCAGGCCACAGUAUGAUAUUGUGUCGUUGAUUACCAUGUCCCCAGACCAGCGUAAGGACUCCAUCAGUUUGUCCCAUCGGAAUCUGCUGGACAGUGGGGAGAAGGUUCAGCCGUACACUCUAGAGGAAUUUGCAGGGCCUAGUCUCCCAAAGAAUGAUGUUAUAGUGGCAGUGAACUGGACCGGAGUCUACUUUGUGGAUGAGCAAGAGCAGGUCCUUCUAGACCUUUCUUUCCCAGAGAUCACUGCAAUCUCCAGUAGCAGAGGUGGAAAGCUGCAGGGACAGAGCUUCACUCUGGCCACCAUUAAAGGAGAUGAGUACACCUUCACAUCCAACAAUGCCGAAGACAUCCGUGACCUGGUUGUCACCUUUCUAGAGGGCCUGCGUUCUAGGUCAAAGUUUGUGGUGGCCCUGGUGGACAGCCAUUACCCUGCUGGACAUGACUCUUCGUUCCUGAGAUUCUCAAAGGGAGAUCUGAUCUUUCUGGAUGAGCACACUGGAGAGCAGGUCCUGAAUUCAGGUUGGGCUCACGGGGUCAAUGAUAGAACCAAAAAAAGAGGUGACUUCCCUGCAGACAGUGUCUAUGUGCUGCCCACCAUCACCAGGCCACAGUAUGAUAUUGUGUCGUUGAUUACCAUGUCCCCAGACCAGCGUAAGGACUCCAUCAGUUUGUCCCAUCGGAAUCUGCUGGACAGUGGGGAGAAGGUUCAGCCGUACACUCUAGAGGAGUUCUCCUACGAUCACUUCAGAACACCUUCCAAGAGCACACUGAGUCGUGUGAUCAUCAAUAAAGGCAAAGGGAAGGAUAAACUGUGGUGUUGCACCAGAGAACCUCUCAAACAGCCUUUGCUGAAAAAAGUCCUCAAUCAUGAAGAGCUGUCCCAGGAUGCCUGCCAGGCCUUUAUUGCAAUCAUGAAGUACAUGGGCGACUACCCCUCGAAGAGGAGCCGUUCAGUCAAUGAGCUCACUGAUCAGAUCUUUGAGGGAGCUUUAAAGGCUGAACCUCUGAAGGAUGAAAUCUUCUGUCAGAUCAUCAAGCAACUGACCGAGAAUAAUGUUAAAUACAGUGAGGAGAAGGGCUGGGAGCUUCUCUGGCUCUGCACUGGGCUUUUUCCUCCCAGUAACAUGUUGCUUCCUCAUGUCCAAAAGUUCCUGCAAUCCAAGAAACAUCAUCCAGUCGCCCCAGACUGCAUGCAGAGACUGCAGAAAGCCUUGCGAAAUGGAUCCAGAAAGUAUCCUCCUCACCUUGUAGAAGUGGAGGCCAUUCAACACAAAACGACCCAGAUCUUUCACAAAGUGUACUUCCCUGAUGACACUGAUGAGGCUUUUGAAGUUGAAUCAAGCACAAAAGCCAAAGAUUUCUGUCUGAACAUCACUGGCAGAAUGAUGCUCCAAUCUUAUGAAGGCUUCAGCUUGUUUGUCAAAAUUUCUGACAAGGUGAGGCUACAGAGCUGUCAAAUGUCUGUUCACUUUCUCCUGAGAGUUUCUUACAACACAUGUCCUGUAGUCAGCAGUGAUCAAGUGUGCCAGAAAGAAGGAGAUUUCUUCUUUGACUUUGUUCGACAUCUGACAGACUGGAUUAAAAAAGCCAGAACUGUGAAAGAUGGCACAGUGCCUUCACUGACCUACCAAGUGUUUUUCAUGAAGAAACUGUGGACCAACACCAUUCCAGGCAAAGAUCCCAUGGCUGACUCCAUUUUCCAUUACUUCCAGGAGCUCCCAAAGUAUCUGCGGUGCUACCACAAGUGCUCUCUUGAAGAGGCGUUCCAGCUGGCUGCGCUCAUUUACAGGGUGAGGUUUGAAGAGGACAAAUCACAGUUUCAUAACUUCACCAAGAUGCUGAAGGAGCUGGUCCCUCAGGAAAUGAUCCAUCAGCUGUCACCCGAUGACUGGAAACGGCCUGUCGUUACGUACUUCAAUAAGCAUUCAGGGAAAUCUCGAGAGGAAGCAAAACUGAUGUUUCUGGAAAUCAUUUACAAGUGGCCUACUUUUGGAUCUGCAUUUUUUGAAGUCAAGCAAUCCUCAGAUCCAAAUUUCCCAGAAGUCCUCUUGAUAGCUAUCAACAAGCAUGGUGUUACUCUCAUUGACCCAAAAACAAAGGACAUUUUGGGCACACAUCCCUUCACCAAAAUCUCUAACUGGAGUAGUGGACAUACCUAUUUCCACAUUACCAUUGGUAACCUGGUUAGAGGCAGCAAACUGCUGUGUGAGACUUCACUGGGAUACAAGAUGGACGAUCUUCUCACAUCUUACAUCAGUCAGAUGUUGACGACCAUGACCAAGCAGCGCAGUUCACGUGUAAAUAAUAAGUAACAUGAAAGGCUUGUAAUAGUGCACUGUUUAUUUAUAAGCACACAGACUCAGUUCUUACUACAUCCUAGAUCAAUAAUUUUGAUACAUGAAGAUAAACUGAAUCUGCUAUUAGUGUUGUUACUUUUUCAUGCUGGAGCCUUAAUUGUAAAUUGCGAGUUUAAUUUAUUUUAUAGCAUUUCUCAGUCUUUUAAUGUCAAUGAAGAACAUGAUAAAUUGACAGUCAAAAACACUUGUUGCCUUUAAGUUUUAGGCCCUCGUAUGGUUUUUACUGUGAUACCAAAUUGAAAGUCUAUUAAGUCAGAUCAAGUUCAUGAUUUCAGUUAUUUAAUUUGUGAAUGAUUUGCACAUCUCAUUUUGCCAAUUAAAUAUAAAGAUAUGGAAAUGUUGCAGAAUUUGGUUUUGCUCCUUAGCUUAAAGACGUACAAGAUUCUCCUCCUGGUCAUAUUUGACCUCUAGGUCAGCACUUAUUGAACUGAUUGAUACAUUAAUUAAUUUAAUGAAAU